CCUGUGUCCCCCAGUUCACCAACUGCCCCACCAUGGUGAUCCUCGUGGGGUUGCCCGCCCGGGGCAAAACCUACAUCUCCCGAAAACUCACCCGCUACCUCAACUGGAUCGGGACCCCCACACGGGUGUUCAACGUGGGGGAGUAUCGCAGGGAGGCCGUGCCCAGGUACGAGAACUACGAGUUCUUCCGCCCGGACAACCCCGAGGGGAUGGAAAUCCGCAGGCACUGCGCCCUGGCCGCCCUCAAGGACGUCCGGACCUACCUGAGCUCUGAGGGGGGGCAGGUGGCGGUGUUUGAUGCCACCAACACGACGCGGGAGCGGCGGGAUGUGAUCCUGCAGUUCGCCAAGGAAAACGGGUACAAGGUGCAGCUGGGGGGGCACCAGGAAUUUUGGGGGGUUACGGACUGA